AUGAAGCAGUGCGUUCACCCAGGCCCAACAAUUGCAGACGAGAGGCAGUGCGAUCGGCCAGGCCCACCAAGUGCAGACGAGAGACAGUGCGUUCGGCCAGGCCCACCAAGUGCAGACGAGUGGCAGUGCGUUUGGCCGGGACCACCAAGUGCAGACGAAAGGCAGUGCGUUCGGCCGGUCCCACCAAGUGCAGACGAGAGGCAGUGCGUUCGGCAGGGCCCACCAAGUGCAGACGAGAGGCAGUGCGUUCGGCCGUCCCCACCAAGUGCAGACGAGAGGCAGUGCGUUCACCCAGUCGCAACAAGCGCAGAUGAGAGGCAGUGCGUUCGGCCAGGCCCACCAAGUGCAGACGAGAGGCAGUGCGUUCGGCCAGCUCCACCAAGUGCAGACGUGAGGAAGUGCGUUCGGCAAUGCCCACCAAGUGCAGUCGGGAGGCAGUGA